UGCAUACACUCCAUCAUUACAAUGAAGCUCCCAUUCAUGAAUCCAGAAAUCGAAGGGGAAGCACGACAAUCCCCACCAUUAACAGAAUCCGCUGGCUCUGUUGAUCAAGAGAAACGACGAAGUAGUUCCUUCGAUGAGUCGAAGAUUCCUUGGGUAACAUGGCGAUCAUUGACUCUUGGUGCCUUCGUAUCAAUUGGAGGAAUUAUCUUUGGUUAUGACACUGGACAGAUUUCGGGAUUUCUGGAAAUGAAGAAUUAUAAACAGCGCUAUGGACAGGAACGAAGUGAUGGGACUUUUUAUUUUAGUAAUGUUCGAUCGGGAUUGAUUGUCUCUUUGUUGUCUAUUGGAACCUUGAUAGGUGCCCUUAUAGCUGGUCCACUUGCAGAUCGGAUUGGUCGAAAAUGGUCAAUCUUCGCAUGGUGUAUUAUGCUACAUAUUGGUCUGAUUAUUCAGAUCUCUUCUCCUAGUGGGAAAUGGUAUCAGAUGAUGAUGGGUCGGUUCAUUACUGGAUUUGGUGUUGGAUCUUUAUCAUUACUGGUACCCAUGUAUCAGGGUGAAAUUGCACCAAGGCAUAUUCGUGGUGCUAUGGUUUGCUCCUACCAAUUAUUCGUCACACUGGGUAUAUUCGUCGCCUACUGCAUCAACUUCGGCACCGAGACGAUGGAUAAUACUGCAUCCUGGCGAAUUCCACUAGGAAUCACGUUCCUCUGGGGUCUUCUCUUAGGUCUUGGAAUGCUGCUCUUCCCAGAAAGCCCACGAUAUAACUAUCGAAAUGGACAAGUGGCAGCUGCGAAAACAACUAUGGCAAAGUUGUACGGUGUACCCGAGAACCACCGUGUCAUUAUUCAUGAGAUCCUUGAAAUCCAAGAACAGUUAGAAGCUGAGAAGGCAUCUCGCGGUGGGAUGUAUGGUUGGGUUGAGAUGAUGCAGGCUCCACGAAUGCCAUAUCGAAUUGUUCUUGGUAUGGUGCUUCAAGCAUUGCAACAACUUACCGGUGCCAAUUACUUCUUCUACUAUGGAACUACCAUCUUCAAUGGAGCCGGAAUCAGCAACGUCUACGUAACACAAAUGAUCCUCGGAGGCGUAAACUUCGGUACAACAUUCGGUGGUCUCUACGUGAUCGAGCACUUUGGUCGCCGCAAGUCGCUGAUCGCAGGCGGGAUCUGGAUGUUUGUCUGUUUCAUGGUCUUUGCAUCAGUGGGCCAUUUCUCACUUGAUAUUAAAACACCUGCGAAUACUCCCGGCGCCGGCAAAGCAAUGGUUGUCUUUGCUUGUUUGUUCAUCACUGGAUUCGCAAUGACAUGGGGUCCGAUGGUUUGGGCUAUCGUUGCAGAGCUUUAUCCAUCACGAUACCGUGCAAGGGCGAUGGCCUUGGCAACCGCGUCGAAUUGGUUGUGGAAUUUCUUGAUUGGGUUCUUCACGCCCUUCAUUACCAGUGAUAUUGACUUUGCCUAUGGGUACGUCUUUGCUGGGUGUCUUUUCUUUGCCGUUUUGGUGGUUUAUUUCUUCGUUAUUGAGGGUAAGGAUAAGACUCUCGAAGAGAUGGACAUGAUGUAUGUUAUGCGUGUGCCGCCGUGGAAGAGUAGUCAGUGGACUCCUCCGGCACCAGAACAUCAACUCACCACAAGUCAGCUUAUGGAUCGUCGGGUUGCGGAACAAUAUGGCCAGGAAGAGGAGGAAAAUGCAAAUAAGAAGCAGGGUGAAACGCCGGGUCAUGUACAUGCGGAGGAUCCUAGCCUGGCUGGUCCUUCUGAGUCAGCUGCUUAA